GCAACAACGAUGAUGUUUGUUGGAUUUUGUAUUGCAUUUGUUACCAUACUCCUAACGAAAGCACUGAGUUGGCUGUGGCUGGAGCCAAAAAGGGCAGAGAGGUACCUUAGAAGACAAGGCUUAAAGGGAAACUCAUACACACUUUUCUUUGGAGACAUCAAAGCAAUUUCUACGUUGAUACAGAAAGCAAAAUCUAAGCCCAUAGACAUCAACGAUGAUGUUACUCCUCGCCUAGUUCCAUUUCAACAUCAACUGAUAAGAAAUUAUGGUAAGAAUUCGUUUUUUUGGUAUGGCCCGAAGCCUGUAGUGCAUAUUAUGGAUCCUGAAGCAAUAAAAGAGGUUCUCAAUUUGAUAAAUGACUUUCCAAAGCCGACCUUAACUCCACUUUCCAAGUUCCUGAUAACCGGACUUGUAGACCUUGAUGGUGAUAAAUGGUCAAAGCACAGAAAGAUCAUCAACCCUGCAUUUAAUCUCGCGAAGCUAAAGCUUGUGUUGCCUGCCAUGUAUCAUAGUUGUAACCAAAUGAUGAACGAAUGGAAGAUGUUAGUAUCCAAAAAAGAAUCAUGUAUGGUAGAUGUUUGGCCCUUCCUAAAUAGCUUGACAGGAGAUGUCAUUUCUCGUACGGCUUUUGGAAGUUGCUAUGAAGAGGGAAAAAUAGUAUUUCAACUCCAGAAAGAACAAGCCGAGCUUACAGCCAAGGUUUUUCAAUCUGUUUAUAUUCCAGGAUGGAGGUUUGUACCAACUAAAUUGAACAAGAGGAUGAAGGAGAUUGAUUUUGAAAUUCGAAACGUACUUAGUGGAAUUAUCCAAAAACAGGAAGCGGCUAUGAAGACAUGCAAAGCUCCAAAUGAUAACCUACUAGGAUUAUUAUUGGAAUCCAAUCAAAAAGAGAUCGAAGAUCGUGGACAUAGAAAGGAUGUUGGAAUGAACACCGAUGAUGUAAUUAACGAGUGUAAGUUAUUUUACUUUGCUGGACAAGAAACAACGUCGGUGCUACUUAAUUGGACAAUGGUGUUAUUAAGUAGGUUUCCAAAUUGGCAAACACUAGCAAGAGAAGAGGUCAUCGGAAUUUUUGGCACAAAAGAACCAGACUAUGAUGGAUUAAAUCGUCUAAAAGUUGUCACAAUGAUUUUGUAUGAGGUUCUACGACUAUACCCACCAGUUACUGCUAUUACAAGAGUCGUAAGAAAGGAAGCAAGAGUUGGAAAUUUGACUUUACCAGCUGGAGCACUUGCUACUAUUCCAAUCGUGUUGGUACACCAUGAUUCUGAAUUAUGGGGCAGUGAUGCAAAAGAGUUCAAACCAGAAAGGUUCUCUGAAGGAAUCUUAAAAGCAACAAAUGGCCAAGUUUCAUUUCUCCCAUUUGCAUGGGGUCCCCGAAUAUGCAUUGGACAAAACUUUGCUUUGCUUGAAGCCAAAAUGGCAUUGUGCUUGAUUCUGCAGAACUUCUCGUUUGAGCUUUCCGCAUCCUAUACUCAUGCUCCAUUCACUGUUAUAACUGCUCAACCUCAAUUUGGCACGCCUAUUAUAUUACAUAAAUUAUAGUUCGUGAUUUUGAGAAGAUGUUGUAUUGUUUUAAGAGAAAAACGAUUACAUACUCACAGUUUAAAAAGUUUUACAUCGUUCAAUCAUAACUCAUCAUGAAUAAUAAAUUUGUUGAGUUUUACAAUAA